AUGGGUCUAAUAGAUUCUUUGUCAACAGCGUUCAAUGCACGAGAAGAUGGUUUGAGACUCAUUAUUGCUAUUCUUGCGGGUUAUCCAUUAGCUGUGAUCCACCGAACAUUUCUCUUUAAAGCACCACGAAAUGUUCAGCAUGUUUUUUUUGUUCUAACUGGUCUUAUGCUUUAUUGGUUUAAUUAUGGUUUUGCAACGGUUCACAGCAUUAUUGCUACUAUCAAUGCCUACAUUAUAACAAAUUAUUUCGCUGGAACUACUUUAUCUGUGAUUUUAGCACAUCUUGCAUUCCUGGGGCAUUUGCUAUUUGGAUAUUGGAUGGUUGAAACAGAUCAAUACGAUAUAACAUGGACAACGCCCUUUUGCAUUAUGACUUUGCGCUUCACUGGGCUUGUUAUGGAUGUAUAUGAUGGAAAAAAGUCGAAAGAUAAAAUAAAAGGUAGUCAGUCAAAAACUGCGAUAUCUGAUCCACCUGAUCUUCUCGAAAUUGCUGCUUUUGGUUUUAUAUUUUGUGGAACGUUCGUCGGUCAUUUAUUUCCCUUUUCAAAAUUUCGGUCUUUUGUCAAUGGUGAAUUUUUGAAUGAAAAGGGUGAAGUGCGAACUUCCAGUUUGAUGCCGAGUUUAGGUCGGUUUUUGGGGGGCUGCUUAUAUGCGGUUAUUCAUCUUUGGGGUAAUUAUUGGAUCCCUUGCGAUUAUUUCAAUUCUUAUGAAUUUCUUAAUUUGCCGUUUUUUUGGAAACUAGUUUGGACAGUGCUAUGGUUUCGGCUAAUAAUGAGCAGAUACAUAUUCUGUUGGCUUAUAAACGAAGGAGCAGCCAUAUUAUCUGGUAUAGCUUACAAUGGUAAAGACGAAUACGGUGAAGAUCGUUGGGAUGGGACGCGUGACAUUAACAUUCUUAAAUGGGAAUUUGGUCUCGAUUUUCAGAGCGCAAUUGAAAGUUUUAAUCUCGGCACCAAUGCUUUUGCUAAGAAUCAUAUUUUCAAACGAUUACAAUGGAUGGGGAACAAAGUUUAUAGUCAUGCAUUAACGUUGGUUUAUCUUGCAAUUUGGCACGGCUAUCAUUUAGGAUAUUUUCUGCUGUUUUGGCUAGAAUUUGCUUGCGUAAUGGCUCAGCGUCAGCUGUAUGAUUUGGUUGAUAAAAUUCCUUCUCUACGAAAUUUGAUCGCACAGUCGUGGAUGAGACCAGUAAAAUUCAUUUUAGGACGACUGAUAAUAAACAUAUCAAUGUCUAUCGGUUUUUUUUCGUUUGGUUUAGUGAAAACUCGAUUGUGGAUAAGACCACUUUCAUCAAUGUACUUCUUGCCGCAUAUUUUUUAUUCAUUUAUCUGGCCGUUAUUUUAUUUCCUCGUUAACAAAAUGAUGAAACAAAAAGUGGAGCAUAAAAAAACUGAGUAG